UGGUAACUCCAGUCAGUCCCACUAGGCUGUGCGACAAUUAGCGAUGGCGGGUAGCUUAGAUUUUGAAGCGUACUCUCGCUACCUCGAGGAACAACAAAGCUACUUCAAAAGUAACGGGAGAACGAAAGACUUCAGUGCACACUCCUCGAAGGUCCACUCAGUCGCCUGGAGCUGUGAUGGGAGGCGGCUGGCGUCGGGCUCCUUCGACAAGACAGUAACAGUCUUCCUUCUGGACAGGGACAGAUUGUCCAGGGAGAAUAAUUUCCGUGGCCAUGGAGACAGUGUAGACCAGCUGUGUUGGCACCCCAGCAGUCCUGACCUACUAGUGACAGCUUCGGGGGACAAGACCAUCCGCAUCUGGGACGCCAGAGCUGCCAAGUGUGCAGCCACUGUAAACACCAAGGGUGAAAAUAUCAACAUCUGCUGGAGCCCAGAUGGACAGACAAUAGCGGUUGGUAACAAGGAAGACCUGGUAACAUUCAUUGAUGCCCGUUCUCAUCGCUCCAAAGCAGAAGAGCAGUUCAAGUUUGAAGUCAACGAGAUUUCCUGGAAUAAUGACAAUGACUUGUUCUUCCUAACCAAUGGGCACGGGUGUAUCAACAUCCUAAGUUACCCAGAGUUAAAACAGCUACAAACCCUGAGUGCCCACUCUGCCAACUGCAUCUGCAUCAAGUUUGAUCCCACAGGGAAGUACUUUGCCACAGGGAGUGUGGAUGCACUUGUUAGCCUGUGGGAUGUUGCUGAGCUUGUCUGUGUACGCACAUUCUCAAGGUUAGACUGGCCUGUCAGAACACUCAGUUUCAGUCAUGAUGGACAGAUGUUGGCUUCAGCAUCAGAAGACUUACUCAUUGACAUUGCCAUGGUGGAAACAGGUGAGAAGAUCUGUGAGGUGCAGUGUGACACGCCCACCUUCACCGUAGCCUGGCACCCCAGCAAGCCCCUGCUGGCCUUCGCUUGUGAUGACAAGGACAAAUAUGAGCGGGACAGGGAUGCUGGGACCGUCAAACUUUUUGGCUUGCCUUCCAGCGAGUCAUAAUAUUGCCAGUUUAUGUUGUAUUAUCUUCCGUUGCUAUUGUUUGUGAUUGUAUCAGCAUCUUUUCAUGUGUAGCUUGAGUGGUUAAGUUUAACAGUUUUGUACAGUUAUUUUGUUAAAGGUAUAGCGGUUAUUGUCAAGGUAGACAAAUGUAUUUUGAUAAGUGGGAGUAGAAGCAUGUAUAAGUUUGAGAAGAGCUCUUGAUGUCUGAUCAGAUACUAAAACAGACUGUGUAUAAGUGGUUGUAUCAGUUUGAAGAUACAGUCAAAUCCCAGUAAAAUAUUGUGAACCUCAGUCUGCAUGACAGUUGUUUUUAAUCAUAAACUCUCUUUUUGUAAACUUCUACUGUUAACAAAUAAAGAUUUUGUACUGUA